UUGGGAAGGGAACGAACGCAGACAUUUCAGAAUUUCAUUGUGUCGUCCCAUGUGCAUUAUUUAUGAAAUUUAUUCGUGUUUAAUUUGUGCUUUGGUGACAGAAAUUACAAACUAGAUAGCAAAUAAAAAAAUCCGACAUGGAUGUGCUGUCGCGACCAGCCGAGGAAUUUGGAAACGAUGAGACGUUGGAGCGAUUAUGGGCUGCGAAAGCAAUGGAGCACAGUGAUAUCUAUUUCAAUAUGCUUUGUUCAGUGGACACAAGAUGGCUUCAAUUAACCCCACAUGAUGACCUAAUCUAUACACAUUUUAAGCAAGACUUCCCAGAAAUGGAUGUCUCAUAUGUCAACGAAAAUGAAAUCAAAAACAGCAUGAACAAAGCAAAGUGGAGAAUAUUUUGCGAAAAGUUUAAAAACAUUGUGGAAGACUACAGCUUUGGUACUCUAAUGCGAGCAGAUGCUAAAGGUGAUUACUCAGAACAAAACACAAUGCUUGUACCUAGAGUCCAGUUCUACGCUAUAGAAAUCACAAGAAACAGAGAGAAUCUGAACAAUGAAGUUAAGAAACUAUACAAGUGCACUGCAAGACCUAACUUAGAAACCCCAGAACACACAAGCAAGAUUGCCACUUAAAACUAUAAAGCACUGUAUAGGCUAGUUUCAACAAGGAAAGUUUGUGUUUAAACAUUUGAAAAAGUGUAAGGCAGUGCCACAUACUGCCAGUUAGGAGUGUUGUAAAUUAAUAUUAAUGCCUACUUGUGUGGGAAUCGAAGACUUGUGAUAUUUAUGCAUUAAUUGAACUAAAAUUAUUUGUAUAUUUCUUAUAAUAAUGGCAAUAAACUAAAACAAAGAAUGUCUUUAAAAACUAGUUUUAUGAAAACAGUGUGACUUUUUACUUGAAUGAUGAUUAUGUAUUGCUUGAUGUAUGCUCAUUGAUGAACAAAUACACAUUGAUACUUAAAAUAGCCAACCAACCUAGGUAUGACCAGAUACUUACAUCAGUUAAGAUAUACAUACUCAUAAAUACCUUUUGAGAACAUUUGUUAUUUUUCAUCCUAUUACAUUUAUAACUUAAAACUCUUAAUUUCUCCUUCAUUUGUGCUCAUAAGACUCUUCUUGUGUAAACUAGCCUAAUUUUUGGAAAACCUAAGCAUUCUCAAAUAAUUCAUAUAGUUUGUAUUCUUAAUAUUUAUACACUAUUAUAACAUGAAUACUGGCCAAAUAGUCUCGUAUUAGGCACAAGCCACCGUCCUGAAAGUGACUAUAAAAAUAAUAUUUGUACUCGAUUUUGCCUGCUUAUCACUAAUAUGUAGAACUACAUAAUCAGCCGUAGGUACCUACUGUAACAUGCAUAUUUAGAAUUAAAUAUUUCUACAAAAACAAUAUUUGACAUUUACUAUUUUUAUUCAGGCAGGUCCAUUGAUGUAAUAUUAAAUUUUGUUUUUGUAAAAAUGUACACCUACCAAUUAGUAAGUUGUGAUUGUCUUAAUUGAAAAAUGAAUGAGGUGCUCUAUUGCUCAUACAUUUUUUAUAUUAAAAUUUGUAAUAUCAUA